UCGUGGCGUUCCCACGGGCUUCCCAACGGUCGGAAUUACGGAUUUUGUACACGUCCUCCCCCUGUCGCUGCUCGCAUGAAUUUGGUUCGUUGGCGUCUUCCCUCUCGCACGGUGUGUCUCUGCUCGCCGCGAAUGCGACAACGGUUCUAUGUCGGCUGACCUAACGUUGAUGGCAGACCUGUACCGUAGGCUACAUUCGCUGCUGCUCGUCGCUCUGCUGCUGCUCAUCGUUGUCGUCUUCCACAUCUGUUUCCUCGGUCACGUUCCUGGAAGGAAACAGACGCGUCGAACGCCGAAGAGGUCGACGAAGAUGGAUAAGCUUCAGACAAAGACGACGAUGUCGGUGGGAGGUGGGGGGUCCUCGCGUCAGCGUUGCAACAGUGCGGAAGGCGGCAGGCGGUCGUACGACCCGACGCUGUACAGCCACCUGCCGUCCCACGAGAUUCCAUUGCCUCCGAGUGACGACGACGUCGACGACCCCAGAUCCUCAACGGUUCCUCUGGGCAGCGCAAGUGUGGCCGCAUCGAGGACGAAGACAGCUGGAUUGGCAGGCUGCCGAACGCCGCCGCCAGGCGGUGCAAUCGACGGAGAAGGGGACGACGACGAGCGCAACGUUGCGGAGGUCGUCGGUCGUCAGUUUUGGGAUGAAGAACGGCAACGAUUGCGUUCCACGAACACGGCCGGUAUAACGAGAGGGGUGGCGAGAAUCGGUGUGGGGGCUGAAGACGAAUUUGAGGACUGCGGUGGUGGAGGGGGCGAGGAGAUCGCUGCAGAUGACGACGGUGAUGACAACGACGAAGACGACGAGAUGGAGAUUCAUCCAGUAGGGAGGAAGCGCGGAGGGUCGACAGCGAGAACCAAGGUUAGAGAAUCGCGCAAGGGGGGGAAAGGCAAGAAGUGCGGCGAAGAAUCGUCGGCAGGCGACGGAACAAAAAACAGGGAUUUUUGGACAGUGGAGCAUAUGAUCGCUCUUAUUAGAGCCAAAAGAGACCAGGAUUCGCAUCUGGCCGGCCUGGGGCACAACUACGGACGGAUGAAGACGAAGACAUGGAAGUGCGAGGACGUGGAGAAGAGGCUGGUGCAAAUGGGGGUGACGAGUAGGAAGGUCGUCGACUACGGAAAGAAAUGGGACAACCUGUACCAGCAGUUCAAAUCCGUGCACAAGUUCAUGGGAGAGUCCAGGAAGCCUAACUACUUCACACUAACAUCGGGGGAGAGGAGGGAGCGGGGGUUCGACUUUAGGAUGGAUGAGUGCGUGUAUUCGGAGAUGAAGGCGAUGUCCGGGGGCGAUCACACUAUACACCCCACGAAUCUCGUGGACACGGGUGCGCCGGGAGGUGUUCAAUUGCUUGGCGCGGUUGGCGGGCGAAACGAAUCCGGUGGUAGUGACGUAGGGGGGGUGGUCAGGACGACGAUCGUAGAUCGACGAGGGAUUCGUCGUUCUCCGGUGGUGGCGGUGGGGCGGGCUGUAGUGGACGGCCUGGCCUGUCCAUGGUGUGCUGCGAGACUGCGCACCGUACAAAAGGGGAUUCCGGGAGGCAUUCCGUACCGCUGGCAUUCCAUCGCGACAGCUCCAAAGGCACCGUCUGUGCAUGGUCUCGUCGCCGCAGGCCUAGUCAUCCGCUUCGACGCUACGAUCGGCGGGUUUGGGCUCCGCGGGCAUCCACGUCCUCCUACAUCCACGUCCUCCUACAUCCACGUCAGGCAAGCGGCGUGCCAUCGGACUGGUCCUUCGUCCACAGCCGCAGCGAAGCGCUGCAACAUCAACGUCGUCCGUCGGCAAGGUGCCCGUCAUCGACCUCCGACCGCUCCUUCAUUCGCGUCGUCCACGUGGUCCUUUGUCCACGUCAGCCAAGCGCCGCAGCUGUUUACAUUCGGCACGCACUUCUUUGUGGACGACAUGCCACCGCGCGGCGCUUCAGGAAAGGCGAAAAGAAACAGCGGAUCGGGCGACGUUGGGGAGACCCAAAAAGGCAGAGGGCGCGUGCCGAAGUCGAAAAGGCCGCGCUACAAUGACGACAAUUCCGAACAUAGUGGGGAUUUGCACGGCGAGGAAGAGUCGAUGGUGGAUGCACAAGGAGCGGACGUCAUGAAGCGAAUGGGUUUUAGGCGGGACGGGGUGUCGAGGGAGCAGCUGGCCGCUCUGAAGCAAGGCUUCAUCGGUGGUGUCGCCGUCUCGUUGGCACGAACCCCGAAGGCGGCAGGGAUUGUCAUGACGGACGCGCGCGUGGCGAGACAAGUUCCUCCAAAGGUCGGGCAGGUGGCGCCAUGUCCGCCAAUCCCCACGCUACAGGCGGGGACUUCUGGGGUGGACAAAACACCGUCCGCGCAAAAGGUCGACACGACGGCGGGCGGGGCGAUUCUCCGAGGACAGGUGGAACGAUACCUCAAAAAUACGUAAAAAUUUCCGAGGAUUCGUCCUCGAAUUCCGAGGACGGCUCGAGGAGUGUCUAACGACG